AUGUUUUUCAGUUCAGCAAGGCUGUAUAAAGUUGCGCAUUGGUUUGAAGGCGCUGACACUAGGGCCAAAUUACUGGCCACUUACACGCUGAAACUUUCGGGGAAUGUUCAUGCAGUGACGUUAUUACCGGGUGAAUUUCUGUAUGUGGCAAGCACGGAUGCCGUUUUGCAAUACCUCCUGACGCAUUGCUCGUACUAUGAUACAUGUGCCCAGUGUGCUGUGGAUCCGUAUUGCUCCUGGAAUUCUGCGAGUGCUUUUUGCUACAAACGGGAGAAAACGCAUAAAUCGGCUAUGGGUUGGAUUAGCGGCGAUGGACCAAAAGAUAUCGAUAAUUGCUCGGGACAUGUGCGCCACGAGACAUUUACUUUAUAUGCUGGUGACACAGUACAUUUGAAAUGUGUGGCAUUGUCGCCGCUGUGGACAUUCAAUGAGGAACGACUGCAAUCGCCAUCGGAGAAAAGGCAAUUCACAACAGAGGGUGGACUUGUUUCUGGAGCAGAUAGCGGAGUCUAUGAAUGCAGUGUUGACGGAGAAGUGGUUGUAGUCUACGAGAUUACGGUGGAUGAAACUGAAUGUACGCAGCCGACAAGUCUGGCACAGUUCAAAUCGAAAUAUCGUGAAUGGUGUAAAAAGUUUGAAAACUACAAACAUUCCUCUAAAAAAUGGCAACAUUGGUACGAGAAGAAUAAAUGAUU